AUGCGAGCAAAGAUUACUGGAGAUCCGAAAGCACAAGACACGCGACCUUUGAGAGCACUCAAUCUCAAUGAUAUAGUUGAUGAAUUAGAGCGAUGUGAGGAUGAUGAUUUGUUGCCAACUCAAAUUACAAUUUUUCCACCUGAGACCGCUAAUGUCGACGUCACAGAUGAGGAUUCUGGAGAUGAAGAAUUUGUUGCAUUGCAAAAUCUACCAGGCUCUCAACUACGAGCUCCAGCCGAGGUCACUUUUCAUAUGAGUUCCGACGAAGAAGAUGAUGUACCUUUGUCAAGUUUGUCAAAAAGAAGACGCACGAUGGAUUUGACUUUAGAAGAUAGUGACGCCGUACCUUCUUGUACUUCAGAUGUGUCAACUAAUUCUACAUUUGUUCAGCCUACAGUUCCCCGAAACCAAACCUAUAGAUGGAAGAAUCGUCAUAUUCCAAACCAUUUCAAUUAA